UCGAACUUCCUCAGUCCACUACAAAACACAGAAACCUGUUUCCUCUACACCUCUCAAAUUGGCACAGCUCUGUCCUAGCAGAUUCAGUGUGGAAGCAGCUAUCCAAGAGGCUAGAAGGACAUUGUUGUCCAAAUUCACUUGAACUUCUUGCUACAAACUACUGAAAUGAAGAGAGCAAGUCUAUUUGUCCUGCUUUCUAGUUUAUGGAGUGGCCUUGGAGUUAGCAGCACUACAGAUGCUUGGACUACCCCCAAGAAUGAACAUUCCCAGAAGAAUAUGACCUCUGUUUCAGUUCCUCUAAAUAAAACACAAAGUCUUCAAAUGCUACCAACCACCGAGAUCAUGUCAGCUGAGACAGCCACAACUCCUGAGGCAAGAACCUCUGAAGAAAGUCUUCUAAAGUCAACAUGGCUUCCCUCAAAGGCAAGUGCCCCUCCCAAGCUUGAGAUAAACCAAACUGUAACAUCCACAGAGAAGGCAGAAGAAGGACUGGUAAAGUCACAGACUCUUGCCCUCCCGACCCAAUCUAGCAGCAAAGUUAGUCCUGGGGAAGGAUCAGUGGUGCUGUCCAACUCUACACUGAAAUUUCUUCAGAGCUUUGCCAGGAAGUCAAAUCAACAAGAGAGCUCCCUAAACUCAGUUGGAGGUAUGGGAAAUCGAUCCCCACAGGAGACAUAUCUCAGCAGAGGUGACAGCCGUGGAAGCCAAAGAACUGACUAUCAAAAAUCAAGUUUUGAAACAACUAGAGGAAAGAAUUGGUGUGCUUAUGUACAUACCAGGCUAUCUCCCACAGUGAUAUUGGACAACCAGGUCACUUAUGUUCCAGGUGGGAGAGGAUCAUGUGGAUGGACCAGAGGAUUCUGUCCUCAGAGAUCUCAGGAAAUAUCAAGUCCUGUCUAUAAAUUGGAACAUAAAAUCGUUACUUCAUUGACUUGGAAGUGCUGUCCUGGAUUCAGUGGACCAAAAUGUCAGCUAAAAGCCCAGGAACAGCAGCAACUGAUACACAGCAACCAGGCUGAGAGUCAUACAGCUGUUGGCAACAGGACAGUCACUCAGCAACAGCAGCAAGACUGUGGUGACCCAGCAGUGAGGCAAAAAAUGACUGAGCAGAUGAACCAUCAGGCAAUGAAACUGAAUCUCCUGCAGAAGAAGAUUGACAAUGUUUCUUUGGCGGUGAAUGAUGUAAAGAACACGUACUCCUCCCUGGAAGAGAAAAUCAGUGAAGAUAAAAACAGAGAAUUUCAAUCUUUUCUAAAAGGUCUAAAAUCCAAAAGCAUUAACAGCCUGGUAAAGGACAUAAUAAGAGAACAAUUUAAAAUUUUUCAAAAUGACAUGCAAGAGACCGUAGCCCAACUCUUCAAGACUGUAUCAAGUCUAUCAGAGGACCUUGAAAACACCAGGCAAAUAAUUCGACAAGUUAAUGAAUCCGUGGUUUCAAUAGCAGUCCAGCAAAAGUCUGUUUCAAUACAAGAAAAUGCACCCACUUUGACUGAUAUCCUGGAUCUAAAGAAUCACAUUGUGAAUGUAAGGCAAGAAAUGACUUUUACAUGCGAGAGGCCCAUUAAAGAACUAGAAGCAAAGCAGACUCAUUUGGAAGGUGCUCUGGAACAAGAACACUCCAGGAACAUUCUGUAUUAUGAAUCCCUCAACAAGACUCUUUCUCAAAUGAAGGAAGCACAUGAACGGCUUUUAUCGGCUGAACAAAUAUCAGACCAGAAGAAUAUUCCAACUGCCAAAUCAGUUAGCAGUAAUGUCACUGAGAACAUGUCUACUCUGCAUGAAAGCAUGAAGAAGCAGGGUUUGAUGCUGCUGCAAAUGUUUGAUGAUUUACGCAUUCAAGACAGCAAGAUAAACAAUCUCACCAUCACUUUGGAGAGGGAGAAAGCUUCUGUCAGAGGCGAAUGUGAAGACAUGUUUUCCAAGUGCAAAAAUGAUUUUAAGUUUCAAAUUAAGGACACAGAAGAGAAUUUACAGGUUUUAAACCAAACAUUGGCUGAGUUUCUCUUUCCAAUGGACAUCAAGAUGGAUCAAAUGAGUGAGCAACUAAAAGAUUUGACUUAUGAUAUGGCGAUUCUUCAACCCUUGCUUGAGCAAGGAGCAUCAUUAAAACAGAUAGUGACUUAUGAACACCCAAAGGAAGCAGCAGCAACAAGGAAAAAAUUGGAAAAUCUGGUUAGCGCCAUCAACAGUAUAAGUUUUCUUAUCAAAGAACUUACAAAAAGACACAACUCACUUAGAAAUGAAGUACAGAGUCGUGGUGAUACUUUAGAGAGACGUAUAAAUGACUAUGCCUUAGAAAUGGAAGAUGGCCUAAAUAAGACAAUGACUAUUAUAAAUAAUGCCAUUGAUUUUAUUCAAGAUAACUACGUACUAAAAGAGACUUUAAGUAGUAUAAAGGGUAAUCCUGAGGUUCAUCAUGAAUGUAUACAAAAGAUGAAGACUAUUUUGGCUUUUAUUCGUCAAUUUCAACGUUUGAAUGAUUCUAUUGAGAUUUUGGUCAAUGAUAAUCAGAGAUAUAACUUUGUUUUGCAAGUUGCCAAGGCCCUUGCAGAUAUUCCUAAAGAUGAUAAACUAAGCCAGGCCAGUUUUCAAAAGAUUUUUCAAAUAUUAAAUGAAACCACUUCCAAAAUGAUACAAUAUCAGCAAAAUAUGAGUCACCUGGAAGAAAAAAUACUCUCAGUCAUGAAGAAUUCCAGAAAUUAUGAAACUCGGCUGCAAGGCAUUGAGUCUAAAGUGAUCCAGACCCUCAUACCUUAUUAUGUUUCACUCAAAAAAGGCAGUAUAGUUACAAAUGAGAAAGAUCAGGCUCUUCAACUGCAGGUAUUAACCUCCAGAUUUAAGGCACUGGAAGCAAAAUCCAUCCAUUUUUCAAUUAGCUUCUCUUUGUUUAACAAAACUCUUCAUGAAACUUUAAAGUUGUGUCAUAAUGCUUCCACGAGUAUAACAGAAGUGAAUGCUUCCAUACCUAAGAGGAUAAAGGCUUCCCUGCCAGAUACUCAGCUUCUUCAGAAAGGCCUGACAGAAUUUGUGGAAUCAAUAAUUGAAAUAAAAACUCAAGCUGCCCUAUCUAAUUUAACUUGGUAUAUAGAUCGAUCAUUAUCUGGCAGUCUUGCAAAUGUUCUCAAGCCUCAGAAGCAAGUAAAAUCAUUGCUGAAGAAACCUAAUACAGUUAAGAAACCAACAGUGAAUCUUACCACUAUCCUGACCAGUCGGGCUCAAAGGAACACAGACAACAUCGUAUUUCUAGAGGAGUAUUCAGGCUGCAGCAGGUCCCCAUGCCAGAAUGGGGGCACGUGUAUAAAUGGAAGGACCAGCUUUACCUGUGCUUGCCGACAUCCUUUUGCUGGUGACAACUGCACUGUAAAGCUGGUGGAAGAAAAUGCUUUAGCUCCAGAUUUUUCUAAAGGGUCCUACAGAUAUGCACCCAUGGUGGCGUUUUUUGCAUCUCACACAUAUGGAAUGACGACCCCUGGUCCUAUCCUGUUUAAUAACUUGGAUGUCAAUUAUGGAGCUUCAUAUACUCCAACAACUGGAAAAUUCAGAAUUCCAUAUCUUGGUGUGUAUGUUUUCAAGUAUACCAUUGAGUCAUUUAGUGCUCAUGUCUCUGGAUUUUUAGUGGUUGAUGGAAUAGACAAGCUUACAUUUGAGUCUGAAAAUAUUAACAGUGAAGUGCACUGUGAUAGGGUUUUGACUGGGGAUGCCUUAUUAGAACUAAACUUCGGGCAGGAAGUGUGGUUACGACUUGUAAAAGGAACGAUUCCAGCCAAAUUUCCCCCUGUUACUACAUUUAGUGGUUACUUGUUAUAUCGUACAUGAGUACGAAAGACAAUCACCUUUACUGAGAAGCUGCCAGCAUUUUCAUUUCUCUUUCCAUGCACAUCUGCUCUGUUUUGAGUUGUCUACUCAAAAUGAAAAUCAACUUCUUUUUAAGUCAGAGUAAAGCUGUAAGUCUGUUUGUUCAAAUAAAAUUAUUUGAAUAUCUUUUAGAUAGUCCACAUAUGAUAGAGUUCUCCUUACACCUAAAGAGAUCUCGUGGCACAGAAAACAAAGUACAUUUAUUAUUAUAACUGUUCUUGUUUUGUCACUUUAAGUCAUCCCAAUGUAAAGUAAUCUUAGAAAGUGGCAAUCGGACAAUAUUGUCAGUCAUAAUAGUCUUUCCAAUAAAACAUUUAACUUUUGUUAUUCCCUGUGUAUAUAAACAGAUAACACACCUUUCCUAAAUUCACAA